AUGAGUCAAUCCAAUACCCCCUUCCUCUCGCGGAACCUUGAGAAGGAUUACGAAGAAAAUGUUGAAACAGAAAGUCAUUCAACAACAGACGUCGACCUCGAAGACGCCCUCUCAACCACAUCCCAAAAAGGGCCACGCCCAUAUCGAAGACCUUCGCCAUCCUUCCUCCGAUGUGUUCUUUUCCGCUCCUGUCCAGAUCUGAUCCUCUACCUCUUUGCCCUCUGGGGAUUCCUCUCCCUCGUUUUCCAACUAGCCCAACUCCUCUUACCCAUAACACCUAUCUUCCCCUCUUACCAUGCCAAAACAACAACAACAUCAUCAUCAGGGGCAAGACCCGGCGCAUCCAGCACAACAAAAGACACAGUAGACGUCUACCGCCCCUCCACCUUCCCCUCCCCCUCUUACGACCUCUGCUCCUGCGGCUCUUCCAUCCGCGAAGCACAGUCUCUCGGUUGCGUCUACGACACCAUGGCCGCCGCCUGGCUUCCCCCUUACUGCCGCGACCCCGAACUAACCACCAUCUUUGACCGUUCCGGUCCGGGAGAAGGCGGAGCAUGGGCUUAUUACGCCGACCAAAACGGUAGCGUCCGUCUUAGUCCGCACCAAAUCUCCCUUUUGGCGGAUAAUCAUCACCAGACAAAAACAAAAGAAGGGGGAAAUGUCUCUUUUUGGGCAACGAGAGAGUGGCAUCUAGCGCAUUGUUUGUUUUACUGGCAGAAGUUGGUGCGGAUGAGGGAUACGAAUGCGGUCAUGGAGAGGAGGUUUGAUGGGUGGCGGCAUGCGAGGCAUUGUUAUGGCUUGUUGAUGAGGAGGGAUCCGCCGAGUAGGGAGAUGUUGUUGGAGGUUGAUGUUAGGUUGAGUAGUGGGUUUGAGGUGGGAAAAGAGGAGGAGGGGGGACAUGAAGGGCAUUGAGUUUUAGUUAGUUUGGAUUGAUGGGAGAUUCCACUUGUUUGGAGAAGUGAAAGGUGAGGGUAAUAUAUUCGAAUAUCAUAUUACCAUUGUAUA